AUGGCCAACAAUCAUGCUGGAGUUAACCUCUCGCAACCUUCAAUUCCAGUCUUCCAAGGCAGCAACUAUGAUGUGUGGAAUGGAGUGGCAGCUGAUAAUGUCAGAGACCUUCAAAAGAAAGAUGCCAAAGCCUUGUUUUUCAUCCAACAAGCUAUAGAUGAGGCGAUUUUCCCUCGCAUUGCUGCUGCAACAAAGUCUAAAGAAGCUUGGGAUGCAUUGCAAAAAAUCUACGAAGGUACUGGAAAAGUGGUAACUGUUAAACUUCAAACUCUUCGUAGGAAAUUUGAAAGUUCUGUUAUGAAAGAUGAAGACUCUUUGUCAGAAUACAUUUCUAACAUGAUUGAUGUUGUUAAUCAAAUUAGAAGAUGUGGUGAAAUUUUGAGUGAGCAGAAGGUUAUUGAAAAAAUUGUUAGGAGUUUACCUAAGAAAUAUGAACAUGUUGUGGCUGCAAUUGAAGAGUCAAAAGACUUGGAAGAACUAACUGUUGCUGAGUUGCAGGGUUCUCUUUUCUCUCAUGAAGAAAGGAUGAAGAGAUAUGAUAAUAUUUCUAUUGAGAAUGCUUUUUACAGUAAGAUGCAGCUAUCACAAGGUGAAAAAGGUGUUGGUGGAUCAAGCAGCAAAAGCAACUUCAACAAGGGGCGUGGAGAUUUGUCGCGUGGGAGAAGAGGAGGUAUAAGAGGUGGUCCAUUCUAUGACAGCACUGGCAGAGGUGGAAAUGGGUACAACCAGCAGCCUAGAAGCACUGACAAAGGUGAAAAUAGGAGCCAAAUACAGUGCUAUUACUGUGGGAAAUAUGGGCACCUAGAGAGGUUUUGUAGACUUAAAGAGAAACAAGCCAACAUAGCUCAAGAGGAAGAGGAAGAUGAAACUGAAAGUCUUUUCCUUGCAUGUUUUUCUGCCAAAGAAUGUCCUCCAGCAGUUUGGUACAUCGAUAGUGGCUGUAGUAAUCACAUGACAAGUGAUUUAAAACAUUUCACCAAUUUGGAUGAGUCGGUGACUAGUAGGAUUACGAUGGGUGAUGAACUGUACAUGUUGCACAAGGAAAAGGUACUGUGA